AUGAUCACUUGUGACUACUCUGCCCGGAGUUUCAAAAAAAUUUGCGAGUCAUGUCUCUUAGUCCCAAUGUUAGAGGGUAACGCCGUAUGGAGGGAACUCUGGAACGCUGAGCGUGCGGCUGCCCAAUCAAAUGUGGUUGCGGAUGCACUCGUCACCAUUGUUGAGGCAGGAGGAGAUGUUCAAGAGUGGUACUAUCGGGUUCAGGUGGCUAUUGCAACUGCUAUUCAUAAACAUCACCAACUGACGGAACCACCCAUUCCAAGAUUCGUGCUACCAUCUGGACGCUCCACGUAA